CAAGUUUAAAAGUAUUGCACUCGCUUGACCCCUGCUCUUACUGAAAUUGUUCCCUAGAUUAAACUCUUCCUCUUUUAAAGCGUGGCUUGUUAUGGCAAGGCAAAACAAUGGAUCUGGCUGUCACAGCUGAGUACAGGUUGAAGAGGAUGAAAAGAGAGGACACAUUUCUGUCGGGGAUAGUAAAAACUGAAUGACAUAACCGCAACAGAGAACUCUACUUCUUGAUUAAGUUCAAGUUCAGUUGGAUUAGUAAAACAUGCCCUUUGUAGACUUUUAAAUUAACAUGUUUUUGCUAAUGAAUACAACUGUAACUGGAACAUUUUUUGUGGAGUUUCUACAAUCCACAUUUGACUGGCUCGGCUAUGGGAGUAGAGAGUUCGUUGAGUUUUUGGAACGUUCUCGAGGACUUGAAAAGCAGAUGUGAUUCUUGGCUGGUCUGGGACUGUGUGUCGAAAUUCCAGUUGGAUUGUGUCCAGAUUUGCUGCAACAUUGCUGACAUUCUGGAUUCCUAUGGAGUAAUUCAGUGGACAAUAUGGACUUUGAAACAGAGCAACUAUUAGGUGGAAAUUUCAUCUCAAUUAGUCAAAUCAGCUCAGCACUGCAUUAUCAGUGAUAGCUACUGCUUUAAUGCACUGCAAUCUCUAUGUAAAGAGUUGCUCAGUUCUCAAUUUUUUUGACGGCUAGUCUUGUUAACACUUGCACUCAUGGCAUCUGAGCCUUGCCCCCUGACUGGAGCAGAGAGAGCUAUGUGUAGACUGGUGCACUGUGGACCCCGACCUCAAGCUAUGCUAAGGCCGUUACACUUGGAGCUACAGGUGUAUGUAGACAAAACACGAACCAAGCAAAAACACAGGAUGGAGGCCUCUUGCUUGGAGUUGGCCUUAGAAGGAGAGCGGCUGUGCAAGGCUGGGGACUUUAAAGGGGGAACAGCGUUUUUUGAGGCAGCCGUACAGGUCGGCACAGAAGACCUGAAGACCCUCAGUGCCAUCUACAGCCAGCUGGGCAAUGCCUACUUCUACCUCAAAGAGUAUGGCAAAGCCCUGGAAUACCACAAACAUGACCUGACUUUGGCCAGAACAAUAGGAGACAGAAUUGGAGAAGGAAAAGCCAGUGGCAACCUUGGUAACACAUUAAAAGUGUUGGGGCGCUUUGAUGAGGCUGUUGUGUGCUGUCAAAGACACCUGGAUAUUUCUCAAGAGCAGGGAGACAAGGUUGGAGAGGCCAGAGCACUGUAUAAUAUAGGGAACGUGUUUCAUGCCAAGGGCAAACAGCAGUUAUGGGGCUGCACCCAGGAACCAGGGGACCUGCCUCCUGAUGUCAGAGACACACUGCAAAGGGCUACUGGCUUUUAUGAGAUGAACUUGUGUUUGGUCAAAGAACUUGGAGAUCGAGCUGCUCAGGGGAGGGCCUAUGGGAACCUGGGCAACACCCACUAUCUGCUGGGAAACUUUGUCGAAGCUAUCAAGUUUCACCGCCAGCGAUUAUCCAUAGCCAAAGAAUUUGGGGACAAAGCGGCAGAACGGCGAGCCUACAGUAACCUAGGCAAUGCCCUGAUAUUCUUGGGCCAGUUCAACACAGCCACUGAAUACUACAGGAAAACUUUGCAGCUGUCCAGGCAGCUGAGGGACCAGGUGAUGGAGGCUCAGGCCUGUUAUAGCCUUGGAAACACUUACACUCUUUUGCAGCAGUAUGAGAGGGCCAUAGACUACCACCUGAAACAUCUGUACAUAGCCCAGGAGCUUACUGAUAGAGUUGGAGAGGGCCGUGCCUGCUGGAGUCUGGGAAAUGCAUACGUGUCUUUAGGGAACCACAAACAAGCUUUCCACUAUGCCCGAAAGCACCUGGACAUCUCUAAAGAAAUUGGAGACAGAAAUGGGGAACUGACAGCCAGAAUGAAUGUGGAGCAGCUGAUGGAUGCUCUGGGGGUCAAUGAGAGUGACCUUUCACCCUCCAGUUCAGAGUUUGAGAUGCAAGGAGCAAGACCCAAAUUCACCAAGAGAAACAGCAUGGACAGUGUCGAAUUGUGGAAGUACUCUUCAGAUAAGAAUGGUGAGAACCAAGACUUGGAAAGCAUACCCAGGAGAUCCAAAAGUCAGCUGUCACAACCAGGCAAAAGAAAAGGCUAUCCUGACAGCCAAUCAUCAGAUGAAAGGCCAUGGUUGGACUCUCCUGUAGACACUGAUGACAUCACUGUGCAAGUCCCGCCUCCAGUACCAAAGCUGGGCCGUGACCCCUCCGAUGAAGACUGCUUUUUUGACCUCCUUAGCAAGUUUCAAAGCAGCCGCAUGGAUGACCAGCGCUGCCAUCUUGAUGAGCCACAGAACGGAGACAACGGAGAAGGUGCUGCGAACUCCGUGCCAUCCCUGAACGAGAUGAUAGAUCCUGCAAUUACCACUUCCCCCCAGACUGAGGAGCUGUUUGAUUUGAUUGCUAGCUCCCAGAGCCGCCGUCUAGAUGACCAGCGGGUUAAUGUUGGUAACCUUCCAGGCCUGAGGAUUACCCAUAACAAUCUGGGACACCUGGUGGGUGAGGGAGAUCAUCAAGAACCUACCGAUGACUUCUUCAACAUGCUUAUCAAGUGCCAGUCCUCUAGGAUUGAUGAUCAGCGGUGCUCCCCACCAGAAGCGGGCCCCCACGCCCCCACAGUGCCUGAUGAAGACUUCUUCAGUCUGAUCCAGAGGGUACAGGCCAAGCGUAUGGACGAGCAGCGUGUCCAGCUGCCCUCAGACGACCAGGACGACCCUCCGUCCCCUGAUCCAGAGCCACCUGGUGGUUUUUCCAGCUAGGACUUGGUGAAUAAUGCUGCAUAACCUAAUGUCAAAGAAAAUAAAAGCAAAAGAAAUGAAAUAGAGAUGAGCCAACAUUUAAAGAAGGCACUGAAGAGUGAACUAACAAGUUUUUAAUAACAAGACAAAUCCCAUGUGCAAUAGGUGGUGCCCUGUCAAAUGUUGCUCAAUGUAUUAUGUUCUAAAUAUGUUGAUAAUAUAAUGGGAAAACACGCAGAAUUGAAGCUCGGUGGUGUGGAGAAGAAGAAAAUAUGUUUAGGGUAACGUGAAACAAAUAUGAAGUCAGUAAUCAGUGUAAUGCCUUAAU